AUGGCGGCUUGGAACGAGGUAUGUCGCCAGUGCGUCAGCACCGUCGCCAACGUUCCAAUUGAGAUCCUACUCGUGGCUGCCCUAGCCACUUUACUCGGUCUCUUCGUUCUGUUCUUCAUCUUCAUCUUCACUGUCGCACCCGUCCCUCGCGCCCCUCUCCCCGAAGAAGAAAAAUACAGAACCCUCUCCAAAGAUGGAACAGUCACAGACCCCGAAUCGCUCCCAAGCUGGCUCGAAGCAUCAUCCACCCACGCCAUCACCCCGGCCUCCCUCUUCAUGUCCGUCGUCAUACCCGCCUACAAUGAAGAGGACCGAUUAACCGGCAUGCUGGAAGAAGCAGUCAACUACCUAGAGCGCAUGUACGGGACUGCCACAAGCGGAGAGCGCACUCUCCGCAACCGCAAGCCCGAGCCCUCUGCAGACCGCGGCUGGGAAAUCCUACUUGUCUCAGAUGGUUCGACAGACCGCACUGAGGAGGUGGCUUUCCGAUUUGCGCGCGAUCACCAAUUAUCCCUGCAUCCGAAGGGUACUGCGGGUCCGUGGACACCGCAGGCUGGUGAGGGUGUGCAUAUUCCGCCUGGCACGAUCCGGGUCGUGAAUCUGACGCGGAAUCGUGGUAAGGGUGGUGCUGUCACGCAUGGCAUGCGCCAUGUGCGUGGGCAGUAUGUGGUUUUUGCGGAUGCGGAUGGUGCGAGUAAGUUUGAUGAUCUUGGGAAGCUUGUUGGGGCUUGUCGGGAUGUGGAGGAUGGGAAGGGUCGCGCGGUGGCGGUUGGUUCGCGUGCACACAUGGUGGGCAGUGAAGCGGUGGUUAAGCGGUCGAAACUGCGCAACUUCUUGAUGCACUCUUUCCACUUGAUUCUUUGGUUGAUGACGCCGCCUAAGACUGCCAUGGUUAAGGAUACGCAGUGCGGUUUCAAGCUGUUCUCGCGCAAUGCCUUGCCAUUUAUUGUGCCGUAUAUGCAUUCCGAAGGCUGGAUCUUUGAUGUUGAGAUGCUUAUGCUGGCUGAGUUUGCCAAGAUCCCUGUGGCCGAGGUGCCUGUGGGUUGGAGAGAAGUGAAAGGUAGCAAGUUGAACGUCUUGCGUGACAGCAUUGGCAUGGCCUGGGGCUUGGCUGUCCUGCGGGCAGCCUGGUCACUGGGUGUGUAUAGACAGCGAUGA